AUGUUUUUCUUUUCUUUCCUCUAUUCCCAAUUCUUCGUCACCCCCGCGCUUCCCGACCAUGACUUCUCAAACCAAACCAUCAUCAUCACCGGCUCCAACUCGGGCCUGGGCUUCGAAGCGGCCAAGCAAUUCCUCGCUCUCCACUGCUUCAAACUCAUCAUCGCCGUCCGCAGCACCUCCAAAGGCGAAGCAGCCAAGCAAUCCCUCCUCGAGACCAAUCCCCAUAUCUCCGCCUCCCAAAUCGAAGUCUGGCCCCUCAACCUCUCUUCCUUCAAAUCCGUCCGCGCCUUCGCUGACCGCGCAUCAUCCGAACUCGAACGCGUAGACGCCCUCGUGGAAAACGCGGGGCUGGAUGGAGGGAGGUUUGUGCUCAGUGAGGAUGGGUGGGAGAGUACGUUACAGAUCAAUGUCAUUUCGACGUGCCUGCUUGCGGUACUGAUGUUGCCGAAGCUGAGGCAGACGGCGGAGAGAUUCAAGGGCACUCCGCAUCUGGUACUGGUGACGAGUGACACGCAUUAUUGGGCCAGAUUUGAGGAGAGGAAUGCAGAGGGAGGAAUAUUGAGGGCAUUGAAUGAUGAGGAGAAAUUCAACAGCUCGGAUCGGUACGCACCUCACUUCCUCCUUGCGGAGGGAAAAUUCAGGUUUCCUGCUCUUCAAAGCCAACUAAAGCUCACAUUCCAUCCCCCUCUCAGAUACGCAACGACCAAGCUCCUCCAGAUCCUCUUCAUCCGCGAAUUCGCUCGUCGUCUCAAAUCCUCCCCGUCCGCUUCAUACCGUCCAAUCCUCACCCUCCCCACCCCAGGCCUCUGCCACACCCCCUUCUUCGGCCAGAUGAAACCCCCGGAGAACGCGGUCUCUCACCCUCUCGGCACAGUGACCCACUAUGCCAUGAAGGGCAUGCUCAUCGCCCUGUCGCGGAGGGCCGAUGUAGGCGCGAGGACGAUAGUCACGGCCGCUUGCGCGGGGAAGGAGGCGGAUGGGGCAUUCAUGAUGGAUGGACAGGUGAGAGAGGUGGUGGGUUGGGUGCUGACGGAGGAGGGGAGGAGGGUGCAGGAGAAGGUUUUCAGGGAGAUCUUGGCGGCUGCCGGGGUCAAGGAGGGGGAUCUGGUGUAG